AUGAUUGUGUCGGGCACUGACGUCCUUGGAUACAAACCGGGCCCCGCCCAGACAUCGACUUACUCAGCCAUGCCCUUCCCACCUCUCCCCGUUGAUUCUGCAUCGGCCUCCGAAUCUGUCCCUGCCUCUGCAUAUCUCUCCUCUUCUCAAUCUUCCAUCCCCACUCAAUUCUCUGAACCUGCAACGCUGAUUGUUAUCCCCAUCUCAGCAUCUGCCCCUGCGCCUACACCCGCGCCUGUCAUCAAUCCUCGCGCCCCAACCCCAGCUCUCGCCGCCGACGAUGUCCACUGCUCAACCGCUCAUUCCGUCUUCCGCUUACGUGCACGCAACCCCUUCGCCUGGCUGGGCAGGAGAUCAAGCGAGACACCAGAGGCCAUGCAGUCUUCAUAA